AUGUUCGUUUUUCGAAAGGAGUCGCUGCCCAGCGAUCCCGUCUUCCCGAGUGAUUUGAAGAAGCUUGGAUAUUUCAUUAAUGAAAAUGAUCAGAUCCGGAUGAUUAGCCACCCGUUGGAGAAGUUUCUCUAUAAAAUCAACGCGAAUGACCGCUAUAAUGAGAUGCAGAAGGAAGCUAUGAAUAACUGCAUUCGUGAUAUUGUCCUCUCAAGACUGCACAAUUUGGGCUUGCAAACGCUGCGCCUCCCGAUUGGCGCGUCUCCCAAGUCGCAGCAUGUUCCAAUCCUAGUUUCUUCGUCUUUGGGGAGUCAAUCACGCGUUAUCGUCGUAUUUGGUGAACCAGCUCAGGACCUAGGAAUCUGGGCCUACCGCGCAAUGGAACAGGGUCUCAAUUUCGGGUCUGCAGUCAAUUUCGCUAAAGCUGUCGUUGGAGAUUCAAAAGAAAGCAAGGAUGCCAAUAAUAGCAAGACAACGCGGAAAUCAGGACUUGUUCUGGCCAACCCGGGGCAGCUGGUCUGGUACUCUCAUGGAGAACGUGCAGUUUCUCUCCCAACUUGGCACGCAAUUCCACGACGAUACGCCGUUGAUCCGCCCAUGAAAAUGAGCUAUCGCAAUAAGAUCCCGGGGAACGAAAAUUGGCAAGACCACAUCACAUAUGUGUUUGAGGAAGUCCUCGCAAAAUCGCUCUCCGAAACUGCCAAAAUCGACAUUAUUGGUCUCGCAGAGGGCGGCUUAGGGGCUAUCAGAUAUCUAGCCGAACACUGUAGAUAUACCCACCUUCAAACUUCAUAUUAUAUUGUCGGUUUACGGUGCUAA